CGCGGCCGGCCCGGCGCAGUCGCGGCCAUGGCUCCGAGCGCGCAGGCGGGGGGAGGCCGCGGGCAGGCCCCGGGCCCGGCCCCGAGCCCGGGCCGCGGGAUCCGCGCGGUGCUGCUGGGCCCGCCCGGCGCCGGGAAGGGCACCCAGGCUCCGAAGCUGGCCGAGGCGUACUGCGUCUGCCACCUGGCCACCGGGGACAUGCUGCGGGCCAUGGUGGCCUCGGGCUCCGAGCUGGGCAAGCGGCUGAAGGAGACGAUGGAUUCCGGGAAGCUGGUGAGCGACGAGAUGGUGGUGGAGCUGAUCGAGAACAACCUCGACACCCCUCCUUGCAAGAACGGCUUCCUCCUGGACGGCUUCCCGCGCACGGUGAAGCAGGCUGAGAUGCUGGAUGAGCUCCUGGAGAAGAGGAGGGAGAAGCUGGACUCCGUCGUCGAGUUCAGCAUCCCCGACUCCUUGCUUAUCCGGAGAAUCACCGGACGGCUGAUUCACCCAGCGAGUGGCCGCUCGUAUCACGAGGAGUUCAGACCGCCCAAAGAGCACAUGAAGGAUGAUGUCACUGGAGAGCCCCUGAUCCGCCGCUCGGACGACAACGAAGCAGCCUUGAAAACCCGCCUGAAGGCCUAUCACACGCAGACCUCCCCCCUGGUCUCCUACUACAGCAAGCGAGGGAUCCACACGGCGGUCGAUGCCUCCCAGUCUCCCGACGUGGUGUUUGCUAGCAUCCUGGCAGCCUUCUCGAAAGCAACAUCUGAGUGACUUCGUGAACCAGAUGAGAAACCGCCAAACGCUGCGCGCUGCUACAUCACCCAUUGCAGCCCUCCCCUGGUGCAGGGGGGGCAGGGAGGGCAGCUGGGGGGGGGAUUGAUGGGAGGGGAAAAGGAGGUGGAGGACAGGGGGGUUGGGGGUUGAUUUGGUUGGUAUUUGUUUCUAUUUCUUACUCAGCAGAAUCAUUUUGAAGAGGAGAUUACCUUCUCCUUAGAAAUCAGUGUUUAGAAGGCAAAGUAAUUGUACAGAGAGAAACAUCCGUGCUGAAGCCCAUACCCAGGUCCUUGGUCUGUUCGGAGGGGAGGGCUAGAUGCUGUUCCAGGCUCCUCCGGGACCUUUUGCGCUUGUCUUACGGCUCUUAGCUGGAAGCCACCGCAAGGUUUGCCGUGAUUCUAAAGCUGCUUCCUGUCAGCGAGGACCAAAAUGAAAAAACAACUCAUUUCUGAAGUAGAAAGGGGAAAAAAAAAAGGCCAUGGUCUUUUCCUGGAAGUUUAGUUUUUCUUGUUCUGCUGCAUUCCUCAACCCUCGGGGCACAGAGGCUGCUCGAGGUUUUUCUGCUGGUGAACUGAGGGGCUGCGGCUCUAGUCCAAGCCUGCCUUACUUGGCGUUGGGGUGGCUUUUCUGUGAUCUUGACCAAGCUGGAAUUCACAUAAUGCUGAAGAAAUGCAAAAGAGACUUUCUUAAUUGACUGCAUAAAUAACACUUAAUUGGUUUUUUUUUUUUUUUGCAUUUCUUUCUAGAUCAAAUGGUGCCUUGUCUAACCUCUGAAUCAAUAAUAAAAUAACCUCUUUACA